CUGCUGCUAAGAGUCCAUCUGGUUGUCCUCCUCAAGAACAGCGCUCCUUUGAUCGCAAAGCAGAGGCAGAUGUGAAGAGUGAGGCAGUAGUGACCUGGUUGACUGAGUGUCAGCUGCAGUUCUACACCACUCACCUCCUCACCGCUGGCUAUGACCUAGACACCAUAGGCCACAUGACCCCCGAGGACCUGACAGCGAUCGGUGUAACUAAACCAGGCCAUCGUAAGAAGAUGACAUCAGAGAUCAGCAAACUGCCGUCUGGUGACUGGCUACCUGACCACAAACCAGCCAGCCUGGCAGAGUGGUUGUCAGCGAUUGGGCUGAACCAGUACUACCAGGUUCUGGUGCAAAAUGGAUAUGACAACAUCGACUUCAUCACUGAGAUCAGCUGGGAGGACCUGAAGGAGAUUGGCAUCACCAAGCUGGGCCACCAAAAGAAGAUGAUGUUAGCAGUGAGGAGACUGGGGAAGUUCCAGAGAGGAGAGAGUAUCUCUCAGCCUUCUACCCCUCCUUCUGGCUCUACCCCUCCAUCUGGCUCCACCCCUCCUUCUGGCUCCACCCCUCCAUCCUCCUCCACUCCUCCCCCCUCUACCCCACUCCCCUCCACUGGGAGGGGUCAGAGGCCCCCCCUCACUAAACCCCGGCCAGGGAUUGAGUCCCCAACACACACACCCUCCCCACCUCACACUCCCACCAAGACCCACAAGGCUCGAGCCCACCCCUCCACCCAGCCCCCGCCAGCUGAUUCGCCAGUCCAAGAAGGGGUGUGUCUGUUCCUUUACUCUGUCUGCCAAUGGAGGAGGAGCAUCGGCGAACUCACAGCCUGA